CCUCGGCCUCCAGCGCCCCGCAGCCCCUCGGCCGCCGCCUCGUCCGCCCGCGCCGGCCCAUGGCGGGGAAGGUGCUGUCGCUGCUGCCGCCGUUGCUACUGGCUGCGGCGGGCCUCGCCGGGCUCCUGCUGCUGUGCGUCCCCACCCGCGACGUCCGGGAGCCGCCCGCCCUCAAGUAUGGCAUUGUCCUGGACGCUGGCUCUUCUCACACAUCCAUGUUCAUCUACAAGUGGCCUGCAGACAAAAAGAAUGACACAGGCAUCGUGGGCCAGCACAGCUCCUGUGAGGUGCACGGAGGGGGCAUCUCCAGCUACGCAGACAACCCUUCCAGGGCUGGCCAGAGCCUGGUUGAAUGCUUGGACCAGGCACUUCAGGAGGUUCCCAGAGAGAGACAUGUGGGCACGCCCCUCUACCUGGGAGCCACAGCAGGCAUGCGCCUGCUCAAACUGACCAGUCCAGAGGCCUCGGCCAAUGUGCUUGCGGCUGUGACCCAGACGCUGACCCAGUAUCCCUUUGAUUUCCGUGGUGCCCACAUCCUCUCGGGCCAGGACGAGGGUGUGUUUGGUUGGGUGACCGCCAACUACCUGCUGGAGAACUUCAUCAAGUAUGGCUGGGUGGGCCAGUGGUUCCGGCCAAGGAAGGGGACUCUGGGGGCCAUGGACCUGGGGGGCGCCUCCACUCAGAUCACCUUCGAGAUGGCCGGCCCAGCUGAGGAUCCCACCAAUGAGGUCCAGCUCCGGCUCUACGGCCAGCACUACCGUGUCUACACCCACAGCUUCCUCUGCUAUGGCCGUGACCAGGUCCUCCUGAGGCUGCUGGCUGGUGCACUACAGACCUAUGGCUUCCACCCUUGCUGGCCGAGGGGCUAUUCGAGCCAAGUGCUCCUUCAAGACGUGUAUGAGUCUCCGUGCACUGUGGCCCAGCGGCCCCAGACCUUCACUGGCAGCACCAGGGUCAACUUGUCGGGGACCAGCGACCCCGCCCUCUGCCGUGGCCUCAUCUUGGAGCUCUUCAAUUUCUCCUCCUGCCACUUCUCCCAAUGCUCCUUCAAUGGCAUAUUCCAGCCCCCUGUGGCUGGGAACUUCAUUGGCUUCUCUGCCUUCUUCUACACUGUGGACUUCCUGAGGACCGUGAUGGGGCUGCCUGUGGAGACCCUGCAGCAGCUAGAAGUUGCGGUUGUCACCAUCUGCAACCAGACAUGGAGUGAGCUGCAGGCCCGGGUCCCCGGGGAGCAGGCCCGCCUGCCUGACUACUGCGCGGUGGCCACAUUCGUGCAACAGCUGCUGAGCCAGGGCUAUGGCUUCCAGGAGCAUACCUUCCGUGGGGUAACCUUCCAGAAGAAGGCCGGGGAUACCACGGUGGGCUGGGCGCUUGGCUACAUGCUGAACCUGACCAACCUGAUCCCCGCCGAGCCACCGGGAAUGCGCAAGGGCACAGACCUCAGCGCCUGGGUGGCCCUGGUCCUGCUCUGCACUGCCAUCCUGCUGGCCGCUGCUGUCCUGCUGCUGCGUCGGGUGCGCGCUGCCAAGUUGUCCAGUACCAUCUAGGGCCACACUGGUGGCUCUGGCCUGUCGCCGCUCCACUCCUACCCCCGGUGCCCUCACCAUACUCCACACACCCGCAGCACCUCUGCCCCCCAGUGUCACCCCCACUGAGCCAGGGAUGCUGGCAUGCAGCCCACAGGGGCCCAAGUGGGUGAACAACAGUGAAUCUAGGCCUGGCCAGCUCCCUGCAGUCUCCCCAAGCCUGCCCGGUCUCCUGCACCCCCCUUCCUGGCACCCAGGACCCAGACACCCCGCAGCCCUCAGCCCACAACUUCAGCGAGUUAGGCCCUGGAGCCCCCGCACUCUGUGGGGUCUGUGUCUGCAGGAGGAGGAUGGUCAGGCCUACGCUCUGGGAACACAGUGCCUACUUGUGAACAUUUUAUAAUAAAAACUUUCUAGAGCA